GCCCGGAGCCUCCGCGCCGAUGCCACGUGGGAGGCGGCGGAGCCGCCGUCGGCGCCGGGCCGGAACCGCGGCCCCCCUGCCGCUGGGCACGGCGCUCGCCGGCCGCCGCGAGGAGGGGAGGUCGCGGAGCCCCCGGGACCGCGGCGGGGUGGCCGAGACCCGAUGGGUGCUCGGCGCCGUGGCGCCCGGCUCGCGGCUCGGCCUCCCGGGCCUAGAGGCGCUGGCGGCGGCGGCGGGGCCUAGGGGCGGCUCCCCGCCCUGGGCGGCGCCCGCGCUGCUGCCGGUGCCUCCGGCGGCGCAGCCGGCCCCGCGGCGGGAGGGCAGCGACCUGCCCGCCUGCGCGCCCGCCGCCGCCCUGGCCCUGCUGCGCCUGCAGCCCGGCGCCGACGGCGCGGCGAGGGCGGCCGCGGCCGGGGCCGGGGCCGGGGCCGCGCCGCGGCUGCGGACGGUGUACGUGAACCCGCGCUGGCUGGAGCGGCAGGCGGCGCUCGGGGCGGCCGCGGCGGCCGCCAGCCCCUGCGCCGAGGCGGCGGCGAGCGGCGCGGCCGGGGGCCCGGCGGCGGCGGCGGCGGCGCAGGGCGAGGCGGCCCCGGCAGCGGCCCCGGCCCCGGCCCCGGCCCCGGCUCCGGCCCCAGCUCCGGCCCCGGCCCCGACGGCGGAGGCGGCGGCCACCCCCUACGUGGGGCUGCGGCGGCCCCUGGGCUACCAGCUGGCCAAGGCCACCAAGGAGCGCAUCUGGCGGGGGGAGUUCAUUGACCUGUUUUCCUUGCUCCACACAGAGCUGGCCCCCGAGCACGGCCCGCGGCCGGGGGACACGCUGGACCAGUGGGUCUCCGCCUUCCUGGUGUACGCCAGCGUGGUGUGCGAGAAGCACCCGGCGCGCUGCGGGGCCAUGUUCAAGUACCUGGACACCAUCCGCAAGCUGCACGCCACCUACGGGGGCACCUCGUGGAUGAGCUACGACGAGGACUUUCGGCGGCGGGCGGCCAAGGACCCCAACCUGCCCUGGGGCGACGUCGACCUGGACCUCUGGAUGAAGUGGAUGGCGCCCCUCAAGUCGCUCAUCAGCAGGCACCACCGUGCUGAGAGCGAGCCGCAGGCCGCGCCGCCACCACCGCCGCCGCCACCAUCCUCGUCGUCGUCCCAGAGCCCCAAGCAGGAGGAGAAAAGCCAGACUCCAUGAAAACAGAAGGCCAGUUGGAAUGGCAGUCAGACUAAGUGGCCUGACUCCGUUGGUGUUUAAGUGGAGCUCUGGUAUUCUAGUGCAUUCUUUUACCUCUGCUUCUGUUGCGUUGCAAGCUGUGCUAGAGAAGACGUAGGAAAUUCAUUUUACCCAAUCAGCAAUUGUAACAAUGGACUACAAACCUGCAGAGCAAGCCAGUUUGCUGGAAAACAGGAAUUCCUGCAGCGCAGCACUUGUCACAGACUAUCCAAAGAGGGCAAAGAUUCAGGAAGGUGAAUAAAUUGAACAUUGGUUGAAUGAGGUCAGGAACAGUCUCCCGGAGGAGAACCCUGCCCUAAAAUACUACAUUGAAAAUAUAAGCCAAUUUAAUGCGCAGAUUAACCCUUCUCAUUUGAGCAAACCUGUGUGCAAUCCUGGAUCUUUGCAGAUCACAACCGGACACUUCAAAAAGAAAAGGAAAAAAAAAAAAGUAAAAUAAUCUGUGUACUAUAUUUGCUUAAAAAAUAAAUCAUAACUUGUCUUGUUACAGCUGUUAAUUUUACCAUUUCAUUGAGAAUAUCUGCAACAUAAAUGUAUAUUUGACUUUAAACAGUAUCCUACAUUUGGUAUAACUCAGGUUGUUGACAAAAUAAUUCUGUGAGGCUCAAUACCGCCUCUUCUUUCGUCUCUGAGAAAUGGAUUAACUGUUGCUGUCAUUGCCAGAAGUAAUUUAUAGCCCAAUUGUGCAUUACAAAAUUCUUGAUCAGAUAGAACAAUUGACCUAAAUUAUUAUUCUAUUUUUGUCUUAUAGAAUGCUUAGGAUCCUGAGCAUCAGACUUCACUCUUGUGGUCUGGCGUUCAUGAAAAUCAUAUUCACUGGUUCAUGGUUAAAUUAUUUUACAUCUCAGUAUUUUGUUUUCUUUUCCUUUCCCCUUGCAUACUAGGGAGUAUGAUCAAGGUAAAACUAUGAUCCAGUAAGGCACAUGAUGGUAAGGGUAUGCCUUUAGUUGUUUCAGGAAAAAAAAAAAACAAACUGCCAUUAUCUGCUCUCCUUUACCUUUCCUUGAUAGUUUCAGUAAUAUGCAUAACAUGAAGUGUUUGUAAAUUGAUUUAAAACAAAUGUUUGUGACUUCACCUAAAUAAAUUUUUAUAUUUAAA